UGAACAUCUAACCAAUAUGAUUGUCCGUUUUGUAUGACACUAACCACUGAUGCCGUCUUGACGGUAGCAUUUCUCGGCACAGGCUGAUCCGGGAUGUAGCCUAGAUGGGCACGUCAGUGGGUGAGACUUGAGGAAAUCCAUUGUUCAUGGUGCCGGUAGUCAAUAUAACAGGUUCGGCCGAGCCCAAUCCUGGGCGAUCCGUGGUAUACGGGAUUGCUGGGAAUGAAGGUGCAGCUGUUGUUAUAGAUAUGGUGACGCCAUCCCAGUGUUCAGUACGGGCUGGUUUGGGAGGUGACGAAUCCGGAGAUUGGAGACCUCGAAGCCUCCCUUCGACAGAAGCGGCAGCCCUGCCCCUACGUGGCCCCUUCGCGGAGCUGGGCAUCGCAAACCAGACAGUUCGAGCUUCUCCCAAACCGUCGGUAUUUCCUCGAGGGCUCGGGUCCGUCCGAAGAACAUGAGGAAACCCAGAAGAUUAACAUGUCAGUUUCCGAAACGUUACCAUGCCACGUUCGCCCCGAGUUCGUCUUAGUCCGGCAUCCGAUGGAUCUGCAAUGGCGUAGCCAGUUCGGCCGUCCCAACACAGGCUCUCACAUUUGUUUACUUGCUAAGCUGGCGGCAUUCCCUUCAGAUGUCAUUACAGAACCUCGCACCAGCGAGCAUCCCCCAUUCGCAUACUUUGCAGAUGGCAGCGGCAUUUGCUUGUUCGACUGGACGGUGGGAUUGACCCAGGUCCAACCGUCUGGUAAGAUGCAGCUGUUGCUCGUUUCCAGUUGCGGCUUCCAGACCAACAACUGGCCAACCCUCCAAUGGCUUGCGAGCCUCCGGGACACGCCAGAAAAGACAUAUCAGUUUCCAACCCCGCCGAGAGUGCUCACAGACGAAGACUAUCAGGGGCGGAAGUCAUAACAUGGGAGGCGCCGACAGCCU